GCUGUCAGAGUGCCUGCAAGAGGAUUCAAGAGUGGCAAGUGUGUUCAGUAAUUGCAUUGCCAUGAAGUUUGUGCUGAUGUGACUGCAGGGAUGUCUGUACCAUUGGUGAUUUUCCUCAGUGCCGUUGUGCUUCACUCUGUGUCCGCUGGAGGUGUGUAUUGUGCUAAAACAGCCAGAGCCCGAGCAGCUGCCCUGGGUUUGAAUUAUCCUGGAGUCCAUGGAGCCCCGGAUCUCUAUGGACCAACUCACCAUGGGAUGCCCCCUAGCAUGAUGCCGUUCAGACCUCAACCAUACAACAAUUAUCCACAAUUGGUUAGGACUGACUCAAAUAUGGUCCCCUACAGACAGAGUCCACCAGACGUGAGAUCCCUCUAUUACAGAACACAUAAACAAGCUCACCCCAGGAGUUGGCAUCGCACUUAUAGUUCAGUUCAAAGUGACUACACUCCCAACAAAGUGCUUGGCCUUCCCAGAGGAUGGUCAGAUAUUAACCGCAAGAAUAAUUUUGAGGUCAAGCAUGUUGCCCCUCUAACUCAGGCUAAAGCCCCAGGCCAGCCUGAGCUUGUGGAUUGGCCACCUAAAGUUCAAAAUGAGCAUGACUUUGGUGUUGACGAGUCUGUGCCAAAUAGACAUGGCAUGUUUCUGAAUGGGAUGCCCCAAAGCAGGGCUCAUGUCGCUUACCAGAGGGGUCUAACUGGAUAUGGCCUGGGAAGAGGAGCUCCUGCCCUUGGUUCAUCUGGCAUGAUCAACAAAGGUCAUGUCCGAGCGAUGAGAAGCUGAAUCCUUCUGUUGGUAGACCAAAAAAUAUUCGGUUCCCUCUCCAUCUUCCUCAGCCCCUGGACAGAUGCCGUGGUGUCAAACUGAGGCGUCAGCAUUUUCAAGGUAUCUCUGUUCAAAGAUCUGUGAUUGAAAGCUAUAUCAGGUUUAGUUCUGUGUCAAAUAGUGUCCCUGUGAAGAGUUCUGAAAGUUAACAGGCAAGCAUUUUGUGAAGGAAAAGGCAAUGUGAUUUAAAAAAAAAAAAAAAAUUGUUUUUCUCUUAACCUUUUACUGAAACAAGUAAUGUCCAUCUUAUUGCUGUAAAAGCUCAUGUAUUACUUCCUCACCUGUAGCUCUGAAACAUGUCAAACCGCACAUUGUCUCUUGAAAAUAAAAUUGCUAAUGGUUAUUUCUCA